AUGGCUUUACGGAACUUCAUGGCUAGACGUGGAACACCGUUGGAAAUAUUCAGUGAUCGCGGCACAAACUUUAUCGGUGCGAACCGUGAGCUGAUGGAAAAUCUACGACUGCUUGACCAAGAUAAGCUUAUGGCGGAAUUCGAAACAUCUGACACGAAAUGGACAUUUCUACCUCCUAGUAGUCCUCACAUGGGAGGAAGCUGGGAGAGAUUGGUGCAAUCAGUCAAAAAGGUAUUGACCAACAUCAAACUUCCUCGACUUCCUACAGAUGAAGUUCUGCGAAACGGCCUACUAGAAGUCGAAAAUAUAAUCAAUUCACGGCCGCUUACUUACGUUCCAAUCGACGACAUCGAAAGUGAAGCUUUGACGCCUAAUCAUUUUUUGUUGGGAUCUUCGAAUGGAUCUAAGCCACUUGUACCGUACCAUGAAAGCCUCGCUACGUUAAAGAACAGCUGGAAGACCUCGCAAAUUUACGCAAACUUUUUCUGGAAAAGAUGGCUUAACGAAUAUCUACCGACAAUAAACCGCCGAACCAAGUGGCAUUAUCCGGUGAAGCCGAUUGAAGUUGGUGAUAUUGUAGUCAUCGUUGAUCCAGAUCUUCCCAGGAAUACGUGGCCCAAGGGACGGGUUACAAGUAUCAACCUUAAAAAUGGCCAGGUGCGCAGUGCAACAGUGCGAACUCCUCAUAAUAUCUACGAACGGCCGGCUGUGAAGUUGGCAGUUUUGGACGUCGGUGCAAAGCAUAGUUCGCUCGGAAAUGGUUCCUGCGUACUGGGGGGGAGUGUUCCGUCAUGUACGAACGCACCUCCGCUACCAAAAGAACCCCACCGAGAUACGACUCCAAUGGUUGGUGUGAGCUGUCAAGGUGAGCCUUCCGGUAGUAUAGUAUAA